AUGUCAACAUUUUCCCGAUCUAGCACUGGUAUCUCAGUGGUACAACACUUCUCUUCCCUUGUGACUGGGAAAACAAUCCUUAUAACAGGUCCCUCAGCUGGUAGUAUCGGUGCCGAGACAGCGAUAUCACUUGCGCACGCUUCUCCUUUUGCCAUAAUUCUCGCCGGGCGUUCAGAAUCUAAGAUUCUUCCCGUUGUCGAAGCAAUUCAUUCUCUCAAUCCAUCUAUUACGACACAUUUUGUACGUGUCGAUCUCGCGUCCCAAAGGUCAAUUAAAGAGGCUGCGGCAUUGAUCAAUGGCCUGGUUGAUAAAGUCGAUAUCCUGAUCAACAACGCGGGAGUGAUGGCCGUGCCGACUUUUGAGACAACGGAGGAUGGAAUCGAAUUACAGUUUGGUGGCAAUCAUAUAGGUCAUUUCCUGCUUACCAAUCUCAUAAUGGAUAAGAUUCUAAAAGCGGGUAGAGAAGGAGGAGCGAGAAUUGUAAACGUUAGCAGUACUGGAUAUGAGCUUGGCGGUGUUCGAUUUGAUGAUUGGAACUUCAAGGAUGGUAAAGAUUACCGCCCCUGGCAAGCCUAUGCUCAAUCCAAAACCGCCAAUGUUUUGUUCUCUGGUGCUUUAGCUGCGAGAUUAAAUGAAAGAGGCGUGCAAUCUUUUGCACUGCAGCCGGGAUACGUACCAACAACAAAUCUUCAAUCUCAUGUGACUCCAGAUAUGUGGAGUGAUGUAAUGCAGCAAGUUUCGGACACUUCAGGAGGUCAAGAGUUUGAACCCGCCAAAACUCUUCAAGAAGGAUGUUCUACCACCUUAGUCGCGGCUUUGGAUCCAUCCAUCUCAGAAUCAUCUGGUGGGUUUCUUCAGGACUGUGCUGUUAGACCUGUACCUCAACACUACGCAGUAGGAGUAGAAAAUCAAGCCAGAUUAUGGGAGUUGAGUGAGAGGCUAGUGGGUCAGCAAUUUGGCCUCUUGAGUUAA